AAGCAAUAAUUCUUGAUUAAGGACCAGAGACUAAUGCAGCAGUUUGCAUGUCCUUGAAAAAGCCCUGGUCCAAACAACAAACCAUUACAUCGAGAGAAAGAAGAGACAGAUACCAGGUACCUCCCAGAGGAAUCCUGUGUGCUUCACCACUUAUCACGUCCAUUCAGCCACACACUGAAACAGCUUUAACCAUGUAAGGGUCUCAGCUAUCCAUGGCAGUCUAUUAUAGGAGGGUAGGAGAUAAGAUAACAUGGGCUGUACAUAAAACCCACCUAGCAUCAUCCCCUGGCUGGGAGCCCACCUUCAUUCAUUCAGACAUGGCAAGCAAGAAAGCUUCCAACAAGAGACAGAGGGGAGGACAGAAAUCCUCCUCAAAUGUCUUUUCCAUGUUUGAGCAGUCUCAGAUACAGGAGUUCAAGGAGGCGUUUGGUUGCAUUGACCAAGACAGAGAUGGUGUUAUCAAAAAACAGGACCUGAAGGAAACUUAUGCACAACUGGGGAAGCUAAAUGUCAAAGAGGAGGAGUUGGAUGAAAUGUUGAAUGAAGGGAAGGGUCCCAUCAACUUCACUGUGUUUCUGACACUUUUUGGGGAGAAACUCAGUGGUACUGAUCCUGAAGACACCAUACUAGCAGCCUUCAAACCUUUUGAUCCUAACGGGACGGGCUUUGUUAAUAAGGAUGAAUUUAGACGACUACUGAUGAAUCAGGCUGAUAAAUUCACAGCAGAGGAGGUGGAUCAGGCCUUCGCUCUCGCUCCCAUAGAUCCAACUGGAAACAUUGACUACAAGUCUCUCUGCUACAUCAUCACACAUGGAGAUGAGAAGGAAGAAUCAUGAAUGGGACAGUUGUGUGAAGGCAUAUCAUGAAGUCCAACUAAACCCAUUUUACCUUGGCUGUUAAUAAUUUGACCUGUCUGCAGUGCAGUGCCGUCCUUGAGUUAGUGAAAGUAAUAAGCCCCAUGCCCAGUACAUGUGAACUUAACUGAAAUCUAAGCCCAAUGAGACGUGGGAGGAAUAAUCAACCAUGAUUUUAAGAUGGGGAAUCCUUUUCUGACACAUGGUCACAGGACCACAUGUGAGAAGAAGGUAAGAAUUUUUGCUCUAGAAAUCAUAUUUAAAAUGGCAUAAAUCGUAAAUGACAGAUACAUGUAUGUGUAUGAAGCUGUAUAGAGGGUUUUUGUCAAGUUUCAUGGAGUUUUUAGUAUUUUGAAUGUUCAGGAACUCAGUUUUUCUUUUCGUUGCUUCAGGGCAACGUUGUGAAAUAACGUGUUCUUCUGGAGGGAAACUUUGCUAACAUUGUGUUGGAAUGUAAUCAAUAUUACUUCAUGUAUUUGUGCACAUAUUUGUGCUCAUUUUACAUGUUGCUGACGUGAUGCCUCUUGCACAUUGGGAUGCCAUCAAAAUAAGUCUCCCUUUCAGAGACAGUUGCCAGGCCACAAGAGAUAUGGGUGACUAUGAUAAGAUAAGAUUCAGCCUCUUCUGAAUCACAUGAAGCUGAAAUGGCUUGCAUUAGACAUUGUGUGUGGAUAAGCAAAUGAUGCCAUUUAUUAAGGGCAGUAAAUUGAAGCAGUACCUACCCAGUGAAAAAUGCUGUUUCAAAGUAUUAGUCCUUGCUGGAUUUAUUUUAUUUAUAAAGUCCCAAAUCACAACAAUAUGUUGCAUAGAUGCCAUUCCAAGCAAUUUUGAAGAUUACAUUGAAAAAGCUGUCCAACUGCCUGGGCUUCCAGGUGUAGGGAAAUGUGGUCUCAAAUCCUAAAUUGCACGAAGUUUGUGCAAAUCCAAAGAUGAAAGCAAGAAGAGAGGGCGACCCAGUGGUGGGAUAUCUUAAACGAGUUAUGAGAAGAGGAAGAAGCAGGGACCCACGGCUCUCAAUCCAAAUCAGCAUGUCCACCUGGACAGUGCAUCACUCUGGCCAAUAUGUGACAACCCCCUCAUCACCAACUGGUCGCAGCAGAUAACUACACCACCCUGAGAUUGAUUCUGCUGGAGGUUUCUUGAUAUUAAAAGGGAGUUUUUCCUUUC